AGAACAGAAACCAUGCGCGUCACUGCAUUAUCUUGGGUUUGCGCCACAGAUGUUGACCUAACUUCGCACCCGCGCUGCAGAAAAGCUCAGCAGCGGAUAGGUUCGUCUGCAGAAGCCCGAGGCCAGCUUUGGAGGUGCGCGUCCUCCUCAGUAGAGGAUGCUUCGAGGACCAGGCUCAGGCGCGAAGGGGUUAAGUCAGACCCUGUCCACAGGCGCUCAACUUGCCCAGUUUUGUCUCUUAAAAUCAACGUCUCCCAGCCGGGGCCAGCCAAUCCGCGGCCCGGAGCGCCCUGGACGGCCCCGCGAAGGGGCGUGGCCCGGGGCUGUCACUCAGGGGUGAGGAAUGACACCCGGGGUUGGGGAGGGGGCGGGGGACGGCGGAACGCAAGCAAAGGAAAGAGAAGAAACAGAUAAAUCCAGGGCACCGGGUAAAGAGGUGCCCUGCUUCUCUGCGAAUCCAGCGGCCGCCGCAGCCUGCGGGGGAGGGCGGUGGGUCCGAGGAGCCAGCCCGGCAGGGCAGAGCGCGGACCGGCCAGGAAAGGAAUCCGGCCGGGGCAGAGGAGAGCGGCGCCCAGGCAAAGGGACCGCGGAGCCGAGGGGUCCCAGGCCCGUCCCCUCCACUUCCCCGAGGGCGGACCUCGCCUGCCCCGAGGGCGCCGGCCGAUGAGAUAACCGCGGAGCUGCGCGCAGAGAGCCGAGCGUCCAGAGCUGCGUCGGGGGCGGGGGUCUCCGGGCGGGGGUCGCAGCUUCCGCGCCGACCCUGGGACAGCGCAGGGCGGGGGCCGCCGAGCCGCGUGGGAGGGGGCUGCAGGGGCCAGGCGAGCGCGGCCCCCUAGCGUCUCCGCCCCUCCCGGAGCCGCCCCGCGCCCCAGCGGCCACUCCGGCCCGCGGCGCAGAUGGCUGUGCGCGGCGCCAACACCUUGACGCCCUUCUCCAUCCAGGCGAUCCUCAACAAGAAGGAGGAGCGCGGCGGGCUGGCCGCGCCGGAGGGGCCCCCCGGGUCCGGGGGCGCGGCGGUGGCGGUGGCCGCGGCUCCCGCCGUCUGCUGCUGGCGGCUCUUUGGGGAGACGGACGCGGGCGCGCUGGGGGGCGCCGAAGACUCUCUGCGGCCGUCUUCUGCCCAGACCAGAAGAGCUGUGGGGAAGACUGCGGAGAGCCCGGGCGGCUGGGACUCCGACUCUGCGCUCAGCGAGGAGAACGAGGGCCGGCGGCGCUGCACGGACGCGCCGGGAGCCAGCGGGCCCGGCCGCGGCGGGGGCAUCCUGGGCCUCGAUCCACCGGGCGCCUGCGAGCUGCACGCAGCCAAGGACCUGGAGGAGGAAGUCGCGGGCCGCAGUGACAGCGAGAUGUCAGCCAGCAUUUCAGGCGACCGCAGCCCGAGAGCCGAGGACGAUGCCGUGGGCCCGGGAGGUGCACGCGUGCCGGGGCUGUGCGGUGGGGCCGGCAGCGGGAGCGGCGGCGGAGCGGCCGGCGCAGCGGCGGCGGAGGAGGAGGAAGAGCCCGCGGCACCCAAGCCGCGCAAGAAGCGCUCGCGGGCCGCCUUCUCCCACGCCCAGGUCUUCGAGCUCGAGCGCCGUUUCAACCACCAGCGCUACCUGUCCGGGCCCGAGCGCGCUGACCUGGCCGCCUCGCUGAAGCUCACCGAGACGCAGGUGAAGAUCUGGUUCCAAAACCGUCGUUACAAGACCAAGCGCCGGCAAAUGGCCGCAGACCUGCUGGCAUCGGCGCCUGCGGCCAAGAAAGUGGCGGUGAAGGUGCUGGUGCGUGACGACCAGAGACAGUACUUGCCCGGCGAGGUGCUGCGGCCGCCCUCGCUCCUGCCGCUGCAGCCUUCCUACUACUACCCCUACUACUGCCUGCCAGGCUGGGCGCUCUCCACCUGCGCGGCCGCCGCGGGCACCCAGUGAGCGGCUGCGGCUGCGGCUGCAGAGGCAGAGACGGAAGCUUGCGCGCAGCUCAGACGGCCGGCCGUGGACGGCUCUUCCCGGGGGCCUCCGGAGAAGUGGACACGAGGAGGAGGAGGAGGAUGCAACCAAGCUGGAGUCCGCUGGCUGGCACGUACGACCUGGUGGCGGAGCAGAGUCUGCGCAGAGGCGCCUCUUUCUAAUUGGACCUAAGGCUGUCCUUGCCUGAGGGCUCUGCUCGCCCCUCUCCUGCCUGCAAGCCCCAGGACAUUAUUUAUUACCGCGACAAUAUAGGAUUGGGAUUUGGAAUUGUGUCUGCCUGGGGACUGUUUUUCCCCAGGGCGGAGAGGACUCCUGGAGACCACAGAGCCUGAAAGUUCCCAGAAUUUCGGGCCUGCCGGGAGCUUCGUGCGCUAGGCCACACUAGUUCAUGGUAUCCAUGCUACCGAUCUAUGUGUAUCUACAUACCUUUUAUUUUUGAAAAUUGCAUUUGUGACAAAGGAGUGCGCAACCCUGGCAGCCCGGGUCAGGAGUUGAUUGGCAUCGUGAAGGGUUGGUGAUGCAGAACUCUGCCCCACCUCUCCCUGGUGUCAGAGGUCAGGAGGGGAGCUCUGUAGGGUGCUGAAUGUAAGGGAGGGAGCUUGUGAGCAGGGGCGGACAAGGGACCACCGCAACUUUCCUUCGCAAAACUCCAAGGCUGCGCCCUAACGGGGUACCUGGGAGCCCGAAACUAGGAGGGCACGCCCAAAUGGUUCUUGGCAGAAAUCUGCUUUCUUUCUUUUAUUUUUCAAAGGAGGUUCAGACCUGUAGCACUUUGCAGUUGUUUGUAUUCAAAUAACGGUCAUUUUUAUAUUCAAUGUGAAGAUCCCCGGCCAGCCUUUCCACGGCGCCCGAAGGCCUGCGCCUGGCCCUGUUUCCACGAUGCGCCCACUGCCCUGGCCUGGGACUCCCUAACCCCUUCACCUGUUCCAAGACAGGUGACCCCUUCUGUCCUGUCAGCCUCGCAGCUUUUUGCCUCCUUAAGGGCACUGUGCACUCUACUAGAGUAUUAUCUUUAAAGAUUGUGAAGUUUGGAAGCUCUAUUCGCUGUAUUUUUUUCCUUUAAUUUAUAAACUUUUAGUUUAACAUGC